UUCUACAUUUAUCACAUGACACGUCGCACUCUGAUUUCCACUGGUUACCUUCGCUUUGUGCUUAUAACUGUAAUUAAUUUCGCAAUAUAUGUCUCUAAAACUAAAUGUACCUGUCAGGUCGGAACUUUAUUCCGUUACACUCUGUUUCCAGAGGAAUAUUUAAAAGACGGACGAUUCCAGCCAGCGUGUGAUUUUUUUCUUUUGUCACAGUUCUCAGUUAAGUUUACCGGUAAUAACGCGGCAUAUAAAAUACGGGCAAACUAUAUAGUUUGUUUGUGGUUUGUAGUAAUUCAAACGGACUUGUCGCCCUGAAAUUAUUCCGCGAGCUCCUGCCGUGCGCGCUCCGUUAUGAGUGACGUGUAACUGAAAUGUUCUAAUCAGACACAAGCAUGAAAUAGAUUAAUUAUUGCGCUUUAGGGUCGAUAGAGUGAUUAGCGUCGCACCUAUUAUCCAAGAGAGCGUUCAAGCAGACAACUAAGAAGAAUGUGGUUUAAAGUGGCAGAGCAUUUAUGAUGGAAAGGGACAAAAGACACUAUUGCAAACGAGAAAUUUGGUUUUAACAUGUAGACGUCGUCGUUUUAAGCCUAAGGCUGUUUCAACGAAGUAACGUAUAUGUGAAGAUAUUACGAUCUGCUUGCCUAGUUCAGAGCACAAAGAUGAUGUACUCUUCACGGAGAAAACCUGUGCUGUAUUUCAAAGAUGAUAGAAGAAGUGAAAGUCAAAGGGUGCGGGAUCAUGGAGCGGUUCAUUUUCUGUCGAGGAAAUGCACCGUCUGGAAGCUCUUCGGCUUGUGCAUGGUGUUUGUUUUUGGGUCCCUUCUUUGGGUGCAGCUGACUUGUUCAGGAGACAUGAACCAGACUGUUGGAUACAGCCACCUCCCUCAUCAGCCCUGUCCCAUAGAGAGACAGUCCUCCUCUGUUGAUGACCCCUCCUGGGGUCCUCACAAAAUGGCCGUCAUCGUGCCAUUCAGAGAGCGCUUUGAAGAGCUGCUUGUAUUUGUCCCUUACAUGCACGCUUUCCUCAACAAAAAGAAAAUACGACAUAAAAUAUUUAUUCUAAACCAAGUGGAUCGCUUUCGGUUCAAUCGUGCCUCUCUUAUUAAUGUUGGCUACAUGGAAAGUGGUAAUGACACGGACUACAUUGCAAUGCAUGAUGUGGACUUGUUGCCCCAAAAUGAGGAUCUGGACUAUGGAUUCCCAGAGGAAGGGCCCUUCCAUGUGGCCUCACCAGAGCUCCAUCCCUUAUAUCAUUAUAAGACGUAUGUGGGAGGGAUCCUGCUGCUUACCAAGAAACAUUAUCAGAUGUGCAAUGGGAUGUCAAACCGCUUCUGGGGAUGGGGAAGAGAAGAUGACGAGUUUUUCAGAAGACUGAAAACGGCUAAACUUGAGCUUUUUAGGCCAACUGGUAUUACUACAGGAACUAAAACAUUUAGACACAUCCAUGAUCCAGCCUGGAGGAAGAGAGACCAGAAGCGGAUCGCUGCACAAAAGCAGGAGCAGUUUAAGGUGGACCCCGAGGGUGGCCUCACUAACCUCCGCUACAAGGUGGAAUCCCGAAAGGAAGUGACCAUCAGUGGAGCUCCAUGUACUGUCAUCAGCACCUAUCUCGAGUGUGACCUCAGCCAGACCCCAUGGUGCCAGUCCAGCUAACAUGCUUGAGCAGGACCUGUAACACCAGAAUGAUACGUAUUCUCCUUCUGUGGUGGCAGAAAAGCUUUCGCAGAUUAUUAGUGCCAGUCACACCGUGAUCGUCUAACCAAUAGGACUUGAAUACGUGACUGUGGGGAAAACUUUUCUCUGAGUUUUAUUUUUAUAGGACAGUGUUGUGGACUUCAUCCAUGAUGAAGUGCUGCCUCAUUUUUGAAUUGAUCUAUGGACCAAUGUCAGGUACUGCACUGAGUUUGCAUCAUCAACUUUGCAAAUACGAGCAUCCAAAUGUCAGAUUUUUAAUGAGUUUUAUAAUAUUUUACUUGUAGCAGUGGCCUGUUUUGGACUGUUUCUCCUAGUGCAAUUGUGAGUAUUUUCUCAGCCCUGUCUUGACAAAAUUGUUUCUUUUUGCUUGAAUUCAAAGUCAUGUCUUGAAUAGGACAAUAUUCUAUAUAUAUGAAGUGGGUUUUAAGGGUACUUUGUAUUUGCACAUUAUUCAGUAUUUAUAUAAAAACAAAUGUUUCCUAAUUUCAAGUCUUUUUACUUUCCCUCCCAUGUUUCAGAAUGCAUGGAAUGCUCUUACAACUUAGACUCACAAGAUUGUGUAGAGACUGGAGGCAUGAAGCUAUAUCCAAAAAACGGCUUUCAGUGCAAAGGUUAAUAAAAUGCAGACACCACAUACUUGUUUUUAUUGGCAAUGCCUGAACACAAACUGUGAAAUGAGUACUGUCGAACUAAGAUGCUUUAUUGUGCCUGUGGCAACAAACUGCAACGCAACUGCACAGAACAUGUUUGCCAAAAAAAUAAAGAAAAUAUGACUCUA